UAAUUUACCUCGAGUCCAUACAUGGUGAAACCUUUCACCGGAAAGUAGGAGAUUCACCUCAGGCAUGCAUGUCGAAGUAGUGUUUUUACCCGACCAUACCUCGGCGAUAGCUCGAGGUAUAAGAUUCGGACGCUGGCCCCCGCGUCGCAUCCUUCUUUGGCUCGGGCCGGUCAGCCGGGAAUGGGUGAGAUUCCCCGUGGGACAACGGGUAGAAGACGAAGUCCGGACGGAUCUCGGACUCGGCAAUAGAAUACUAUUAAUAAAAAGCAGGUGGACGACGGACGCCGAAGGGAUGGCACUCUGAAGUCCAAGCACCACAAACUCCAAUUCCCGUCCCUUCGUGAGCCCAGGCCCAUUCCUAGCUCCGUCACGGAAUGGGCAGCGAGCGCCACCAGCAGCAGCAGCUAGAGUAAGGAGGUACGAUUGAUUCCAGCUGAACCUGCUCUGCUCUGCUGUGCUGUGCUGCGCAAGAGUGUAGUGUAGUGUGCUAGGAAACACAGCUGCAGCAUCUGGAUCCUGGUCACCCCCCUUUUCGACCGAAGCCUCUGGUGGCUCAGGCCCACGGAAUCCUGUCCAUCACUCCCUCGAUCUCUGUGCUUGCGCUCGGGCUUCUUCUCUGCCGCUCCUCGCUCUCCGUCCCUCACUUUUUCCCAUUAUCUCCUUCGGUGCCAGCUCGAGAAUUGUGCUCUUGCUUGCGCUCAGCUGAGUUGAAGUGAGUGAGAGAGAGUGUGCAGGUGCGGCGCAGAGAUUGGAUUGGAUGCGGAGGAUGAGCGAAGAGAUUCCGGAAUGGUAGGGUGGCUCUGGAUUCGCAGCGUCCGUGCACGGGCAUGGGCCGAGAGAGUGGUGGUGGUGUGAUGGGAGCACAGAGGAUCUAGAUUUCUCCCUUCUAUAAGACGUGAGCUCGGCUGUCGACUGUCACGCCGGGAGCGCCCUGCGCGUUUGUACGGGAGCGUACAUUUUUGGUAAUGAUUCGGUGGUAGCACGAGCUGCAUCCCGUCGAUGAUGAUGAUGAUGAUGAUGAUGUUGUUGUUGUUGUGAGCUCGUGAGAGGCCGAUAGACGGAAAAGCAGAGCGCGAGCUGGUUUUCACGUGGGAGCUCGUCGGGGGAGGAAUUGGAGUCUUGCGCGGACUGCCGAAGAGGAUUGCGCGGGGGAGGCCAUGCCGGACCCUCUGUGCCGGACUCUAGCAGUGAACUUCGACCACGCUGCAGGGCCGGCGAAUUCGUCGUCGAGGCGGUGCGAUUCCGAGUCUCUGCUGCGACUGCGCGAAUGUAGAAUCCCGAGCUGCAGCAGAAAGCUCUCGUUCCGAUGCACCUCGUCGUCGUCGCUGGGGAAGAAUGUGCGCAAGCUCUCGAGAUUGAAGAGCGUGCCUCUGGGCACGGCUCUGUUCGGCGAUUUCAACAGAAACGCGGUCGGAUCGUCGACCACGAGGGAAACCGCCGAUGGAGGCACGGGAUUGAACGAUGUCGAGAGCAGCCCCCCUGCUCCUCCCGCUUCGACCUUGCCUCCUCCCUGCCCUCCCUGCCCUCCCCCUCCGCCGCCUCCUUCAGGAUCCAGUUCCGAGGAAAGGCACGGGGAUCGUCGCGUCUUUGAUCACGCCAACACGUGAUCCGAACUUGCGCAAGAGAAUUGCGUCGUCUCGGGGGCGCAUGAAAUCGAGCUUCAAGCCGGCUCUUCUGGAGGAUGCGUACCCGGGAGCCGAGGAGGAGAUUGAGCUCAUAACCGUGGAACCCCUGAUUCAGAAGCGGCGAUUUCUCGAAGAGUCCGGUGCCAAGUGCAUUGUCAUGCCCUGCCAUGUCUCGCAUCUGUGGUACGAUCAGCUCGCCCUCGGCUGCACCGUCCCGUUCCUGCACAUGGCCGACUGCGUCAUCGACGAGCUCAAAGCCGCCGACUUGCAGCCUCUCGAAGCCGGCACCCGCCCCAAAAUCGGCGUCCUCGGCAGCGAAGCCACUCUCGCCUCCGCCUUCUACCAAGAAAAACUCCGAAGCCAGGGUUUCGAUGUUGCACUGCCGGAUAAAGCCACCAUGGAACACGCAGUGAUACCUGGCAUCGCAGCCUUGCAGCGGCGAGACAUGGAAGGAGCGAAGAAUCUGUUGCGAAUCGCCGUGCAGGUGUUGCUGGUCAAUGCUGUGAACGUGGUGGUGCUGGCUUGCCAUAAUAUGCCCACGGCGUUUGACGCGGACGAUCCUGUUCUGCGCAAGUGUAUCGAUCCGACACACGCUCUAGCGAGAGCUGCUGUCAAAUGGUCCAAGACCACCAAGGGCCUUGCGAGGUGAAGGAGCCGAUCGUAUCGUCCAUGGGCAGACAAGGCAGUAUGGCAAUCAAUCUCCACACUCCACUUCUUCACAAUGUCAAAUGACGACUCUGAUCGACAGCACGGAUGCUGCACGGAUCCGUGAGCAAUUGCAUUGUGCUAACAUGUGAACGAUACUUGCCCGUCUGUCUAUACAAGGUAUCUCACCUGAAGCAACCAGCUUUCGGACGACCUCAACCAUUAAUGCAACCAGUCUCACCUGUAGCGAACCAUGUCUGUCGUUGUACAUUAGUUCCACCAUGAACGAGGAUGGAUGUUCAAGGGAUUGCGGCAUUCCACCAUCAUGUCUACCAUAUUCUUCUGUAUCUACAAAUUCUAAAGCUAUUGUAGUACGCCGCGCUUUUCAUGUGCAAUUUGGACCACUAUGUUAUUAUCGCGCA